CCCCGGCUUUGAAAUCCUGUUUCCUUUUGGCUUCUUUUCUCUUACUCAUAGAACCUUCUUGUUAUUUUCUGCUCACAGUUUUUGUGUGUGAGCCUCCACUGCUAGUUUUCUCUUCCCUGUCCGUUCUCCAAUUCACAGGUCCUUCUUUUGGUUUUACUUAUCUUCUUGCUUCAUAAGGAUUUGUUAAUCAGCCAUUUGAAGAAAGUUCCGCACAGCAAGCUCCUCUUCUUACUGCAUCUGUUCCCAGCCCUCCUCCUCACUCUUCCUUCCCAGCUGCUCAGAGCAGAGUUGAAUAGGAAAAUAAAAAGUGCAGAGUGGCUCGAGCUCCACUGGUAUAGACACAGAAACGCCCUCCAACAUGAACUUUUCUCUGCCUAAAUCCAGAGUAUUGUUUUUAUAAUUCCAAUUCAGCGAACCAAUUAGAUGAAGAAUGCUUCGCAAAACUAAGAGAGCUAUAAAGCUCCCUGCAAGCGUCAUGUGCAAACAUCCGCUCUCCUUUUGCACGCCCAGGGCUUCAGCUGAAUCGCUCUGGAGGAACCGAAGAGGUGUUCCAAGCAGAGAAUGCCAGGUGUGUCUUCAAGGUCAAAGAACAGAGCCCUAAAGAGAUGAACCUGACUCAAGAAACCUCGACUUAUCAAUGCCGCCCAAGUCCAGCUGAAAACUUCAUCGGGGUUGUGAGGAGCAAUUAAGACUGGAAGGAAGAUGAAGUUAAGCUGUGAACCUCUUCCCCGCUCCUCUCAGCUGCAUGGAAGUUUUUGCACCUGUCUGCCCUCACAGGACCCUCACACCCAACCUCUCGGACCCCGGGGCCCAGGGCGGACUACAACUCCCGGCGUGCCGCGCGCCAGCUCCUGGUGGGCGCGUUGCUGCCGCCGAGCUCCGCGCGGGAGUUGCUGAAGUAAAGGAACCCUGCAGCCUUCCCAUGCUAUCUGUUGACAUGGAAAACAAGGAAAAUGGCUCUGGCGGUGUGAAAAAUUCUGUGGAGAAUGGGAGACCACCUGAUCCUGCAGAUUGGGCUGUGAUGGAUGUCGUCAAUUAUUUCCGGACAGCUGGAUUUGAGGAGCAAGCUAGUGUUUUUCAAGAACAGGAAAUUGACGGAAAAUCCCUGCUACUGAUGACAAGGAAUGAUGUGUUGACAGGACUUCAGCUAAAACUGGGACCUGCUCUGAAAAUCUAUGAAUAUCAUGUAAAACCUCUGCAGACGAAGCAUUUAAAGAACAACUCUUCGUAGUACCGUAAAUUGGGGCAUUAGACCUCAAAAAAUACAUGAUGACAUAAUUUAGUUUCAUGUGAUGAAACUUUGUAAACACAAUACAUACAUGUGUAUAUGUAAAGAAUUUCAACCAAAUAAUAAGUUAUCCUAUUGGAUAGACUAGGCAAUCCAUCAGCUGACUCUAACUGAGUCAGGGGGAGCAAGGGCAAGAUGUCCCUGGGAUAGUUUUUCUUGUAGAUUAUCAAGAGGGAUACCCUCUGAUGUGAUCAAAUGCCCUUCCCCACAAAGGGUUUGAAACCAUAAGAAUUUUAUUUCUUCAGAGUUUUUUCCCCCAAAGAAAGCCUUGUUAAAAAAAUCGAAUGGAGAAAGUAUCUUUUAGUUAUAUCUAGAAAGAGUUAAAAACAAGAAACUUGGGGAGGGGAUGAGAAAGACAGGGAUUGUUGCUACCCUUAGAUUCUGCUCCUUAGAGCAUGUGCUACUUGGAUGGCAUUGCCAAACCCUUUUCUAUAGAGGGUCUUCCACUUGACCUUAUUAAGGUUUCAUUGGAUAUGCUGCAAUGUUUGAAAUGAACGUGCAUCAUGGUCCCUUCAGGAGCGGAGUUGUAACUCUGAAAAGAGAAACUCUUGUGUCCUAGGGAAAAUCACCCAUAUUUAGCUAGCUUUCAUAGGGGUUAAUGGUGUUUUCUGCUUAGAUUUGUUUAACUUGGUUCUUUGUUUCUGAAGAAAGUGUUUUCUUAACUUUAUGAUUUGUAUUUAUAAUUUGUUUCUUGAAGAAAUUUAGCAAGUUAUAGCUCAAAAAGCCUUGUUGCUAGUACAGAAUAUUUUUAUA